AUGAUGGCUCGGAGCUUAAGAGACCUUAUUGAAUUUUUGCUUGCAGAGAUAUCGCUCUGUGGUGAACGAGGUGCUUCUCCUGCGGAUGUGCUUGCUUUUAUUGAUGAUUUCUAUGAUCCAUCUAUCCACCCAAGUGAUCGCCCUCCUCCACUUGCUGGGACUACAAGCCGCAUUCCAAAUAUUGACCGUAAGUUCAAGCAGAAAGCAUGGGUUUGGCUGACCAGGCACCCGGAGGUUUCUGUUGGCAAGAACAGGGAAGGCAAUAACCUUACUCUGGAUGAGGUGGAAAGCCGGUGUGCCGAAACCACUGCAGAGGAGCCAUAUCCCAAUUCUCAAAAUGCCCUACCACCAGAAAAUGGCGGCCUUGUUGCUGCAGGGACGCAGAUACAGCCAACCUCAGACGGGAAACUUCGCGUCUAUGUUUCAGAAGAGCGAAUGUGGCUUGCUAUCGCUGGGCACGAGCUCGACCAUUCUAGGGUCCCUCCCCUAGAGUUCGCUCUUCUAUCUGUCAUUGCUUCCCGAAAGUGGCAAGGGAUUAUGCAGCCAGAACUACCUAAACUGAGCGGCCAAGACAAGCGCUCCAUUCCCAAGCGAACUGAUUCUUUAAGCCAGAAAGGAUAUAUCGAGAAAAAAGCUGUUCAGUAUAAGUCUUCUCGUACAAGUUUAUGCACGCUCCGUCAAUUUGUCCGUUCAAAACCAGCUGAGCAAUGUGAUGGGCUGUCUGGGGAGAAUGCAGGUUCCCAACCGGGUGAGCUAACCAAUGUGGUUGAUUUCCCUGUUCUCCUCGAGAAGCUUUUUCAAUGCCUUAAAGAAUUCAAAGUCAUUACACGAUAUGACUUGAAAGCAAAACUUGGAAUGGAGGAUCGCUGGCGCGCCAGGAUUUUAGGAAGGGCCAUUCGAAAGUUGGAAAGAAUAGGUUGUGUCCGUCGUGUCAGAGCAGUAUCUCAAUACUCUGAUAGGAUGAAAACUCGACAUCAAUCUGUCAUGCUAAUCCGGGAACUCACCGAAAACGACCUUCGGCUUUUCCUUGAAGACAGUCGCACUCUGAUAUCAUACCUGGAGCAGGAGGACAUGGAUGCUGCUGAGAUGGACCAGGACCAAGGCCAGCAAGAUACGGUCGAUGGACUAUCCGAGGUGAAGGGAAACGUUGCCAGCACACCUGAAGUUGAAUAUUUAGAGCAGAUGGGACGGGUUGUACCUAGAUGGACACCGGAUCAGAUUUUGCCAAAUUUAAUAUUUGACAUCGUACACAAGAGUGGUCAAGAAGGAAGUACUAACCAUGAUAUCAACGUCGCAUGUAUGGGCCCGUUUUACAGGCGGCCAAUCGAGUAUACAGUGAGUCGGCUUGUUGAGAUUUGGCAGGUUUCUCAACCGAUUUACCUUAGACACCUCGCUCUGGUUCGAGAUGUAGGACUUCGGGGUACAAUUUCGAUGUAUAUCCAUUAUUCCUUGAGCAAUUUCAGAUCACUGGUGGACGACGGCCAGGUUUCGUGGGAAGCGGUGAAACUUUCAACGGAGGGAAAAUUUAGUGUUAAAAUUCCUCCCGUUGAUGCGACAUUCCAAGUAGAUGAACAUGGUUUCCCUGUGGAUAUGAAACCAUCGAACCUGCUGAAUGAUGGCAAUGCAACACUUAAAGAGUGUCUUGAGGCUGCGAAACCAUCCGAUUACACCCUCACAAUGUACGAUCCUGUCGUACAAAAACGUGAUGACGGCACUUGCGGCAGGAUGUUGGGCGGAAAGCCCAAAAGAGGCUCUAGUCACUUCGGUCCAGAUGCUGGUUCAUCAAGUGCUGAAGAGGACGCACCGCAGGCUUCCAUUUCUCGAGGGCGGAAACGGAGAGCAAUUGAAGCAGGUUUUGGUCGAUCAGUAGAUGUCGUGGUCGAUGUUCUGGAUGAAGGAGAAACUGGAGGACCAUCCAAACGCCAGCGAAAAUUGAAGGAAUAUGUCGAUCCUUAUGCUGGAAUGACGGAGAAGGAGAAGUUGGAAGCCCAGGGAUUCGACGAGACGUGGACCGAAUACAGCAUCCUCAUACUCGAACGUCCUGGACCUGGUAUCUUUUUCACUCCUCCAGGCAAGCGACGGCCAGUCGGAAAAGCCCGGGGUCGCCCGGGUCGAAGUCGUAUUGCUGUCAUCAAAUCGGAGAAACUGAAGGAAAUUGAGUGGUUUACUAAUCAGCAAGAUACUGAAAAUCCCCCAAAUGAAGCUACAAGGGAUUUGGAACCUAUUUUUGGAACUUCCACGGCGACACCCUCAUCUCGACUCACUGAUCGAUUGCAACCGGGUGAGGAUGCCGAUGUCCAAGAAACCCUUCCUCCUGGUGUUGACGCGGGGACCAAUGACCAUCUCGACAAUCCACCGCAAUCCAAUAAAAGGAAAUAUACUGACAUGGGCGGUGAUGAAGAAACAUCGAUACCCGCUCAGACUGGCGAAUCCCCCUCCAAAAGAAGGAAUACUCAGUUGCAACAAAGUCGCCAAGUGCCCAGAAAAGAUCUUCCAGGGAAAGAAAUCGACAAGUCUCCUAGAAGGGACGUCAGAACUGGUCCAGCAGAGCUAAUUAGGCUUAUUCCACAAGCUGACAAGCCGGUGCAAGGUCCACAAACCACAGGGCAACAUGCGACUCCCGUAACAGCUAGGCGUGAGCGAACACAGAAAGUUGGCGAUAUCAAUGUGGGUUACGAGAAAUCAAAAUCGCCUGAAGUGGUUGAACAUAUGCCGAGUGGGAGUAAUGGUGAAACACCCUCAGAAACUUUACGAUCGCACCGACCCCAAUCCUCCAGUGCUACUCCUUCGGAGCAUGUACCCGGACCAAACAAUACAUGUACGGAAGUCUCCCAGUCCAGGAUGGAAAUCGAGGAUACGGAAAAUAGAACAAUACAAGCCACAGACAUUUCCUCUCAAGUUUCUGAAACCAUAUCACUCACAAAUGCUAAAACGAAAGCUAAGAAGCUAGAUAUUCAAGGAGGAUCCAUUGCGUUUCUUCGAAGGAAGAUUGUCAUGGAUGUGGUCGAGAGCGCCGACGGAGUGUAUCCAUACGGCACUGAGUUGUGGUACCCUUUCACUACUGCUUGGCUAAAGACCAAACAAACCGAAAGGCCCGACUUUCGAACACUUCGAAAUGCGGUGAAAUAUAUGACUGAGAGUGGGACGCUCCGCCAGCUAACCUUCAGCGGGAGGAACAGCAAAGGGCUAAUGGUCACCAAGUCCAUCAUUGCGAAACCAGAUAUCCCUGCAACUGAUCCAAUAGUUAUGGAUUUGCUGAGGGCAAUGUUAGAAGCCGACCCCCAGCAAUACUUUCCACCCGGCCCUGAUAUUGAUCCAUCAAUAAGGAAGUCGCACAAAAUCACACAACUGCCCGCAAGAAAACUCCCGGAGAUAAAAGAAGAAGUCACCGUGACAUUACAUCAAGUGCCGGUGAAGGCCCGACCUCCUGAAAUGAGACAUACCCGUGUUUACAAACCAAGAUCGGGGCCCAUAGAACGGCUUCGAAGUACUAAGCGACGGUCUCCUGCAAAUUCCUUUUUGAACUGGUUAACAACGAUGCAAGACCCAAGCCUGAAAACGGGAAUACGGCAGCCCGUCCCAUCAAUACCAAGGCUGUUACCAUACACAAUCAUUUUGUGUCCGUCCCAAUCGUUCCAUGCCCCAACUGGCACGUUUGGAACCAUAUUAUCUGAUAUGCAAGGGCGUAGCCAAACAACGACGAUGCCCCAAUGGGCCCAGACAACCAUGAGUUUACCACGAAAUCUUGGAGAUAUCCUUUCCCUGACAAAGAAACGGCAGCAUCCAUCGUCAAAUCUUACCGAUCCUGUUUCUAGCAGGGUAUUCUCUGAAAUUGAUGCAGUAGGCAGAUGGGAAUCUAGGCACCCUGAGCUAUUCGAUUCGCAGAGAGUCGGGUGGAGAUACAUUAACCAUGGGAUACCUGGCCCAUUUCAAAGCGCUCCUCUGGACGGCUCUGUACGAUUCGAUGCCAGUGAAACUUCACAAGUAUCAACGGGACGAGCAAGACCACUUCCGCAGAAUUCACUUCGGAUCCUCGCGUCAUCGUCCGCCGGAGCAACUCCAUCAGCGCGUCCAUCUGGUCGUCAAGUCGCAUCUCGUGGUCAGAAGCGCCUCGACUUACCCGUCAACCGACGACUCGAGCAAAUGCAAGAAUCAAAAGCGGAUAAACGAACUUCCAAAGCAGCAGCCCCGACUGCUCGAAGAAUCAAGCUCAUCAAUAUCCUCUCUGGCGACAUUGUACAAAAGAUCACUGCUGCGAUCGUCGUUGUUCGAACUUUGGCUGGUGGACUUGAGGGUAAAAUGAUUGACUGGCAGCUCGUUACGUUAGCUUUCCCAGAUCACGACCCUAAGCUUAUCACGGAUCGUGGAAAGGCGAUCAUUUCAAGAAAUCGACUUCAAAUGUCGAAAAUGCAAAGUGAUUUUCAAGACCAAUAUGCAGAAGCAUACGAGAAGGACCAGGUACCACGUAUCGAUUACGCCGACCUUACCUCGUAUGAUUGGCAGUGGAUCGUUAAUUGGGCGAGCAACAAACUCGAGGCCCCCCGUUCAGAUAAUCUUCCAAACUUACCAGCUACCCACCAGCAAUUCGAUAGCCUUUUUGACGUUCGUCCCGAACCGGUUCAAACGCUUGACGAGUUAUAUCAGCAUAACGCCCCAGCCACGAUUCCUCGAAAACAAGCCUUGCUAGCUGGUACAAACUUUGCAAUUCCUGUUUCCAGGACUGGCACGAGACAUGAACGGCAACGGCCCGGAACUGAACGCCUCAACGUAGCUAAAACCUGGGUACGGGCGAAUGUGAUCACGCCAGAAGAGUCGUAUAACUCAGCAGAGGCGCGGCGCAUUCUUGAAUGCCUUGGCGAAGAGCUCAUCGGGCAGGCGAUACAGUCACUCAUCACUGAACGAGUGAUCUCCAUGGGCAAUAGGGGUCGAAUUACUCCAGGGCGCAAUUACGACGUGACAGAGUAUUUCGUGCAUGCAUUUGGCCGCAAACGCGCCAUUGAAGCAACGCAGUUGAAACGAGCGGCGACUUUCAAAACCACCAUCCUGGACACGCAACUGCAUCUGGAAGGGAAAUGCGCUGUCAACUAUGACGCGGAAGACGGGGAUAUCCUCGUCCUUAUCAACCUCUUCGCUGAGGGGAGGGUGACCAUAUGGCCCAAAAACCCGCCGAGGGAUAAAUACGGGCUGACGGAUGGCGGCUACCUGACGCGCCUCAUGGACAAGGGCAAGCUUCGCUUCGACGUCGAAGUUCUCCCUGUCCCCGAACGCUACGUUUAUGGAAACCCCGUCCAGCUCCCCAAAAGCAUGCCGAGGGGCGAUAUGCCGGCUGACUUCCCGCCCUCCACCAGUCCUCCCCCUUUCUGCAAAAUUCCCCUUUGGUUCGAUAUCCAUGGCAACUUUGUCAAGAUGCUCUGGGAUCUGGUCAUUGCGGCGGUCGUGGGCUAUCUUGCUGCUCGCCCCGGCCUCAGCGCAGCGAGCAUUAGCCGUAUUUUUCAGCCUCAUAUUGCUGAGUGGGAAGUAGCUUUGGUUCUGGAGUGGAUGGAGGAAGCUGGUGUCGUUGAGAGGCUUGCUGGUGUGUCCGGCUGGGCGGUGAAGGAGUGGUGGUGGAUGGUUGUGCAGAGCUGA